UCUGACGUCACAUCCUUUCCAAUCAAACUCAUGCACACCUUGUUUUCCACGCAGGAGUGACAGAAAGUGGGACUUUGCGUGUUCUAGAGUGUUAUCAGGAGGGACGAUAUGGAGUAUAUAAAGGGGACAAGGAGAAGGAUUUUUAAGUACGGACAUAUUGAUCACCAACAACCACCACUAAACGACAAACUAUUAUAACACUUAAGAAUCUUUGUUUAAUCAGAAUUUAUUCAUUUUAUCAUCGCCUUACUCUUUAUUGAAAUAUAAAAUAUGAUGGGACUCAACGUACUUGAAAUUGCCGCGGCCGCUAUGUUACUACUUUUGACAACAGUGCGAAUAAACGGUCAAGAUACCGACGACGCUUGCUCGCCGGGAAAGUCGGCCGGGAGCGCUAUCAAGUGGAGGCGCAGUGCAGACGACUGCUCGACUGCGCUAAUGUGCCUCCUGGGCCGGCGGGUGACAUACACGUGUCCCGACGGGAUGGUCAUUGGAGCGGGACUCACUGACUGCGUUCCCAUCGGUUCCGAGCUCGAUGACUGUUCAACGGUUGACAAUGGGAAGCGUACAUCUCCGUGCAAGCCGGGAACAACUGAACCCGAUGUGAGCAACUGUGCAAAAUACUCCGAAUGCGUCCAGCUGCCCUCCGGAAACGCAACCAUGGAAACAAGGGAGUGUCCGUAUCCGUUGCUGUUUGACAAGAAAUCCGGGAAAUGCGAACCGUUCAAAGAUAUCGUCUGCACUAUCGGACAAACUGUGCCUAAAAGCCCAUGCGAUUACGAAGCAAACCAGUGUUCGGGGGCGUCUCACUGUGUCCCGUGUUCCGUACGUCACGCAUCCUGCUCCGGACUUCCAGACGGCUUGAACGCCUGGGCCGGCCGCGAAUGGUCGCCGUAUUACGUCACCUGUGACGAAGAGCGCGUGACGCUGCAGAUGGAGUGUAAGGGCGACAAAAUUACGUCCGUUUUUCAUCCGGUCAAGAGAGAGUGUGUCGAGUUUGAUAACAAAAUUAUAAUUGGGUGAUGAACAUAUUAUUUUAGCGGUUUUUACGAAUGAAUCAUACCUGUCUCGGCGAAAUUUAAGAAAAGUCUUUAAGUUUAUUUUUACCGUUUUUCUAAUUUAAACAAUCUUUUUAAUUCGUAACUUUCGUGAUCAUGAGAUGUGAUAUUGGUGCAGCCAUCGUCAUUUUUUCCUCCAUUCAUUGAUCAGGGUGUUAAUGUUGUUGUUGGUUUUUAUUUAUUUUUAAAUUAGUAUCAUUCAGCACUAACCAUACUUACAUUUACAUGAAGAUAUUGAAACUUUUUUCGAAACAUAUAUUGAAAUAAAAUGUAUGUAAAGAUGAUUAUAUUUUAGUGCGAAAAUUGAAAAUGUAUAUUAAAUUAUACCUGCUUUGAUAAUAAUGUGCAAAAUAUUUGCAUAAACAUUUUGGGGAGGGUUUAAAGGACAUGUCGUCAUUUACAGUGAAUUCAAUCUUAUGAACGCAAGUUCAUACAUUUUACAUUGCAAUUGUUAUAAUGCUUGCUGCUUUGAUACCACGAGCGUUUGAAUCUCCAUUUUUAUACAACUUUGUAUAUAUUUAUCAAUGACGUAUUUUAUUGGAUAAUACUCGAAUAAAUUAUGUUUUUCGUA